AUGGCCGACAUGACCCAGGUUCCCAUCAACGGCAACUACGCCGCUCAGCAUGGCUUCCCCGAAUCCUUCAACCCCGCCCAUGCUGCCAUGAACACCGCGGCCAACUUCCAGCCUGCGCAGUCCUCCACCCCUACCAGUGCCACCCCCAGCACCGAGCAGCAGCAGAAGAAUGAGAUCACCAAGGAUGAGGUCGGCUGGUUCUUCGUGGAGCAGUACUAUACCACUAUGAGCCGCAACCCGGACAAGCUCCACCUGUUCUACUCCAAGCGGUCCCAGCUUGUCUUUGGCACCGAGGCCGAGUCUGUCCCCGUUACCGUCGGUACCAAGGCCAUCAACGACAAGAUCAAGGCUCUUGACUUCCAGGACUGCAAGGUUCGCGUCCUGAACGUCGACUCCCAGGCCUCCUUCGACAACAUCCUGGUCUCCGUCAUCGGCGAGAUCUCCAACAAGUCCGAGCCCUCUCGCAAGUUCGUCCAGACUUUCGUCCUGGCUGAGCAGCCCAACGGCUACUACGUUCUCAACGAUGUCUUCCGCUACCUUGUUGAGGAAGUUGAGGAGGAUGAGGCUGUGACCGAGGAGCCUACCCCCUCUAUCCCUGAGGUUCCCCAGCCCACCGAGGCUGCGCCUACCUCCGAGGAGGCCCAGGUCACCGAGGAGGCUGCCGCUUCCAAGGUUGAUGAGAAGCUGGAGGAGGUCAAUGGCGAGGUUGAGCAGCCUGAGGAGGCCGCCCCCAAGACCAACGGUGCCCCCGCCGAGGAGGUUGAGGAAGCCCCCGUCCCCGUUGUUGAGCCCGAGGCUCUGAAGGAAGACAAGCCUCAGACCCCCGAGCCUUCCCCCCCCCCUGAGCAGAAGGAGGUCCCCGCUGAGAAGGAAACUGCUGCUGCCCCGGCCGCUCCCGUUGCCGCUCCCGCCGCCCCCAUCCCGGCUGUCCCCAAGACCUGGGCCAACAUUGCCUCCAAGGUCGGUGCUGCCAAGGCUGCCGCUGCCGCUGCUGCCCCGGCUGUCCCUGCUGCUGCUCCUGCGGCUCCCGCUCCUACUCCCGCUGCUGCUGCCCCCAAGGCUGCUGCCGCUGCUCCCUCCACUGAUUCGGCCGCCACCACUCCUCGUGCUGCUGUUACUCCUACCCCUGCUACUGAGAAGGAUGCUGCCUCCGCCGACGGUGCUGGCUGGCAAACCGCCGGUGCUGAUCACAAGAAGACCCAGUCUCGCGCUGGCGAGGACCAGGUCGUUCUGGGUUAUAUGAAGAAUGUUAACGAGAAGGUUGACGCUGGUCUCCUGAAGCAGACCCUUUCCCGCUUCGGCAAGCUGAAGUAUUUCGAUGUCAACCGCCCCAAGAACUCUGCCUUUGUUGAGUUUGCCGAGCCUUCCGCGUAUGCCGCCGCUGUCGCUGCCAACCCCCACCAGAUUGGCACUGAGCAGAUCAUCCUCGAGGAGCGCCGCCCUCGCCCCAACACCUUCGGCAACGGCUUCCCUGCUGGUCGUGGCCGCGGUGGCCGUGGUGACCGUGGCGGUAGCCAGGGUCGUGGUGGUUUCCAGCGUGAUGGCCGUGGUGGCUUCCCUCCCCGCGGUGGCCGCGGUGGAAACGCUGCUGCCAAGGGCCGCAACGGUGCCCCUGCUGCUUAA